AUGGGUCAAAACCAGUCGGGAAGUGGCGGAGACAAGAAAGAUGAUAAAGACAAAAAGAAGAAGUAUGAGCCUCCAAUCCCAACCAGGGUGGGGAAGAAAAAGCGUAAAGCUAAAGGGCCUGAUGCUGCUUUAAAAUUGCCUCAAGUUACGCCUCAUACUAAGUGCAGGUUAAAACUAUUGAAAUUAGAACGAAUAAAAGAUUAUCUUCUAAUGGAAGAAGAGUUUAUCCGAAACCAAGAAAGGCUUAAGCCACAAGAGGAAAAAAUUGAAGAAGAGAGGUCAAAGGUUGAUGACCUCAGGGGCACACCUAUGUCAGUAGGUAACUUGGAAGAAAUCAUUGACGACAAUCAUGCCAUUGUCUCUACAUCAGUUGGAAGUGAACAUUAUGUCAGCAUUCUGUCUUUUGUUGAUAAGGACCAAUUAGAACCUGGUUGUUCUGUGCUUCUUAAUCAUAAGGUUCAUGCUGUUGUGGGUGUACUGGGUGAUGAUACAGACCCAAUGGUGUCGGUGAUGAAACUGGAGAAAGCCCCACAAGAGACAUAUGCUGAUAUUGGUGGUCUAGAUACGCAAAUCCAAGAAAUCAAGGAAUCAGUUGAAUUACCGCUGACACAUCCAGAAUAUUAUGAAGAGAUGGGUAUCAAACCACCAAAAGGUGUCAUAUUGUAUGGGCCACCUGGUACCGGCAAAACACUUUUGGCAAAGGCAGUGGCUAACCAAACAUCAGCUACAUUCCUGCGUGUUGUUGGAUCUGAGCUCAUCCAGAAAUACUUGGGUGAUGGUCCUAAACUUGUACGAGAGUUGUUUAGAGUUGCAGAAGAACAUGCACCAUCAAUUGUUUUCAUAGAUGAAAUAGAUGCAGUUGGCACGAAACGUUAUGAUUCUAACUCUGGUGGUGAAAGAGAAAUUCAGAGAACAAUGUUAGAAUUAUUGAAUCAGCUUGAUGGUUUUGAUUCUAGAGGCGAUGUUAAGGUCAUCAUGGCUACAAAUCGAAUAGAAACUUUAGAUCCAGCUUUAAUCAGACCAGGUCGUAUUGACCGUAAGAUUGAGUUCCCACUUCCAGAUGAAAAAACAAAAAGAAGAAUCUUCACUAUACAUACUUCGAGAAUGACUUUAGCUGAUGAUGUGAAUCUUUCUGAGCUAAUUAUGUCUAAAGAUGAUCUAUCUGGAGCUGAUAUCAAGGCAAUAUGCACGGAAGCAGGCUUAAUGGCGCUUCGUGAACGACGUAUGAAAGUCACUAACGAAGAUUUCAAAAAGUCAAAGGAAAGUGUAUUGUAUCGUAAGAAGGAAGGAACACCGGAAGGACUUUAUCUU